UCAGCCGCCAUUUUCCAAUUGUCAAUUUCACCCCUGGCCUUAAACUUGGCGCAUGCGUAUUGAGCGCGUCGCAAACAUCGAACUAUGGCGUAAAUAAUCUAGUUUUCACCGAAUGCAGCGCCUAGAAUGUAGUUAUGGACACUUAAAAUAUUAUAAAAAGGUUUAUAGCGCUCAGUUUUAUAUGGUAAAGUUUUUAGGGUGUGAAAGAGUUCGGUUUUUGAAUUUGCAGUGUGGCGCGGCAGUGACCUCUGACACCGGCGGCCAUAUUGGCUAGACACCGCGUUUUAAUCGUUUGAACCGUAAAUCGUAUAAGGUUAGGGUUCGUAAAGGUCUAUUAAGGCUGGUCUCAGCUGUUUUCAAAAAUCGAAUGUCUGCUUUACCGAAAAAUCGCCGACAUUCAGUUUGACGUCAGUUACCGAACGGCGUGGACGAUUUAUCCGACCAUGUAAUGGCAUGGUCGAAACCCCACAUGCCAUCAAACCCGUGGAAAAGACCGACGACUAUUCGCCCCAGCUACACGGCAACCCCAUCUUUACUAUUAGCGAUGAGAAACUCGCAGACACAGGGGUCACGAUGGGGUCUAUAAACAGCAACGGGGACCUCUGCGCGGGGGAUCCGCCGGACAAAAAGAUUACAGAGGCAGACGCCGAGAAACAACCACUUUCUGGCAAAAAAGAGGAAAAAUGGUGGACGACAAUGAUGCAGGUGGCUGUGCCAUUCUUCAUCGCUGGCUGCGGCACCAUCGGGGCCGGCAUCGUGCUAGGGCAUGUCAGGAACUGGGAAGUGUUUUUGAACGUGUCAGCUAUAUUCGUAUUGGUGCCAUCUCUCUCUGGACUUAAAGGCAACCUGGACAUGUGUCUGGCGUCGCGUCUGUCCACGCAAGCCAAUCUCGGGAACAUGACGUCUACGAGGGAAAUUCUGUCCAUGGUCGUCGGAAACGUGUCGUUAGUGCAGGUACAAGCGAUUGUAGCAGCCACAGUGGUAGCCAUCUUCGCCAUCGUCAUCAACAUCAUCACCGACAAAACCUUCAACGGGGACUACGUGUUACUCCUCAUCUCAUCUGCGGUCUUCACCGCGACUACCACUUGUUUUAUACUAGAUUUCGUACUUGUGAUGGUAAUCAUCGGCUCCCACCGUUUCAAGGUGAAUCCGGACAACGUGGCCACGCCGCUAGCAGCCUCUAUCGGUGACAUCGUCAGUAACUCCGUCUUGGCUGUCACUGCGCAGUACAUGUACGAGCAGAUACAUAUAAUUCCUCCCAAGGAAGAGGCCACAGGCCAUGAGGUCCAAGCCGACGUUGGCCCCACGGAGCCCGUUAAAAUUGAAACAUCCCUGUGGCAACCCAUCGUCAUCAUCUGUGUGUACUGCAGCCUGCUCCCCGUCUGGGUAUUCAUCGUGUAUCGCAAUAAACACACAAAGCCUGUUCUAACAACAGGAUGGACUCCUGUCAUCUCUGCGCUGUUCAUCAGUGGAAUCGGUGGUAUCGUCCUCGACCAAGCCGUAGACCGUUUCACGGGUUACGAGGUGUUCCAGCCCAUCGUGAACGGCAUCGGUGGAAACCUGGUCUGCGUACAAUCAUCCAGGCUGGCGACCCAUCUGCAUCAAACGGCGAUUCCAGGAGUUCUGCCUGAGGGGUCCAGGUUAUUGGAGUGGCCUUGGAAGACGCUGUUCAUUGGAACUGCCGCAGCCAAGGUGGCGCGCAUGCUGCUCGUCCUGGCCGUGUUCGGACAGAUCAUCUUCAUGGUCGUCGCCGACUGGCUCUACAUGGGCCACGUGUCUAUUGGCUUCGCCUUCGGGAUCACGUAUCUCAUCUGCUCCUUGUUGCAAGUAAUGGUGCUUCUAUACAUGGCCUACGUGCUAAUCCAUCUCAUGUGGAAACGAAAGAAGGAUCCUGACAACGCAGCCAUCCCCUACUUGACUGCGUUGGGGGAUCUGCUGGGCUCCGUGUUCCUUGGCAUGGCCUUCGUGACCCUAGCCGCCCUUGGCAAGGACUAUGGAGUGGCUUAGGUUAGACGUAAGUCGUUAGGGACAUGAUUGUUAAUUUCCAGUGAAUGGAGGCUGUCCAUUAAUAAGUAGAGCUUUUAGGAGCAACGGACGGUGUAGGUAGAUGCAUAUCGAAAUUGCCUAAAUUGUCAACUUUGAUGUUUAUAGUAUUCUGACAACCUAUUUGGUUACAUUACGUGGGCAAGUUUAAUA